UGACGCAGUGGUUAGUUAGUUUUUGGUGUACGGGUUCGUGUUAUCGUCGUUUGACGGCGCUGACAGACGCGUUAUCAAUUAAUGUUUAUUAUGUUAAAAAAAAAUUUCUUAGUUAAGAAUAACUUUUAACGAAAGCUAUUUUAUUAUAGUGUGUUCUGUUUUGAAGUAAUAUAGUUCAGUCGUGGAAUUUUUUGGUUAUAGCUAUUAAUCUCGAAAAACAUUGAGUAGAUAGUGCGCAGAACAGAACGUAUUCGGAAAUUUCAAUGCUGGACAACUAAAAACGUACUGUUGAUCAGAUGAUGUCGUCCAUGAAACCGGCUCCGCUACAGUUUGUAAAGCUGCAAACUUCAUCUGAUCGUUACCGAUCGGCUCAGGAGCAGCAGCUGAACAAAGUAGCGAUAGCUAAACCAAAAAAUAAAGAAUUUGAUGCAGAUUGGCAAUCAGACUUGGAUAAUUGGAAGAGCAAUCGAAGAAAACAACAAGAACAUAUCAUUGAACGAUUAGUAGAAGUAAAAAAAUUCGAAACUGAUCGGCUUGAUGAUGGUUUCCGAAAAAGAAGCAAAACAUUUAACGAAAUGAUACAAGAAAGGGGAAAGAGUGGUCGCCUGAGAAGUCUGCCAGCUCUGUACCAAGACGAUGACGAUGGCAAUGAUCUCAGCGAUCUUGGACUUAGCACAUCCUGUGGAAAAAAGUCUGAUGAAUCUUUAAAAGAAUGUGCCCAAAUUGAACAAGAAAAUGUUUUUUGUGAAACAGAAAAAGACGAGAAAAAGACGACAGAAACAGUCGUUGUGACUGAACAAACACAACAAACUGAAAAUGGAUUUGAUCGUGCCAUUAAGGAUUAUGUAGACUUUGCCGAGUCUAAAAAAACUACGAGCAAAGUUGAAGAUGAUUAUAGUGAUAGUAAACUUCAACCGAUGGCUGUACCUUCUUAUAGAAAACCAGUGACUUUGCCGAUAGCUGAAACUAAGCGGAGGUUGUCGGCCCCAAAAAUUGAAGAAAAAGUCAUGUUGCUCAAAAACAGGUCACAAUCCACUAAAGAUUUACACUCGGCUUCUAUUAAUGAACUACCCAAAGUAGAUAUUAGUAAACGCCGAGAAAUGUUUGAAAAAGCCGUCACUGAAGUACAAUCAAUGCCUGCUACUUUCAAACCUUCUCUUAAAAAAAAACUGUCAGAACCUGUAGAAGUUGCUCGUCUGGCACCCGUAAAUCAUCAGCAACCGUCUCAGAUUUCUAUUACAAAGCCGACAAUUGAAUCAAAAACUGAAUCAACAAUGUUUUAUGAGGAAGAGAAAGACGAAGAAAAAAAUUUGACUCAAAGUCAACAACAGGAUUCUAUAGAAGAAGAAGAGAAGCCCAUUGUGGCAAUGGAAAAAGAACGAUUGUGUUUAGCUCCUACCACCACUAGUGAUGAUAAUGAAUAUCACCAAUUGGGACAUCAUCACGAACUAACAUUAUCUGACUUAGUCAACCGUCAUUCCAUUGACAGCUUAGAUCAAGUAUGUGGUCAGCAAACAGUAGAAGAUCCCGAUGAUGGUAACUAUCCGGGAUCCUGCUUAAGCGCUGAAGAUAGUGGAAUACAUACUGAAGACAUGUCUAGUUGUGUUAGUCAGGCUGAUGAUGAGGAACAAAGGAUGAAUUUACAACCUAGUCCUGUCCAGCAACACCAACCGAGUAUUGUUGAUCAUGUUGAUUCUUCAUACAAUAUGGUGUUAGAAUUAACUCCAAUUAAUGCUUUGGAACCACCAAAAGAGAAGCCUCCACCCCCACCCAUUGAUGACGGUGACAACUAUACUGAAGAAGUAACUUUGUCUGAAGAUUCUCAUUCAGUCGCUCAUGCUGUUGAUUCUGCAAAGCGUAUAAAAAAAGAGCUGUGGAUGAAAAGGUCCAGUUUUUUGGGUUUGGAAGACACUAAUGGCAACAUGAUGAGCUACGAAAAUGAUUUAGAAAAUUUAAAAUCUAGACCACCUGACCUUACAUUAUUUUUGGAAGAAGAACGCCGCUUAGAGAAACAAUUAUACAAACAAAACAAACCAGAACGACUUCAAAAUGUUAGAAUAUAUGAAAACGUUAAUUUACCACCAAAGAAUGUGUAUGUAGUCGAUGAUGGUGAAGAUAGUGAAAGUAACCAGUAUAUGAAAGAUAUACUUCAAGUUGAAGAGCAAAGCCGUAACAACCAAAUGAAGAACAAAGCAGUUCAAAAUAAUAUUGGUGAAAAAUUGGUGAAGAAACUAAAAGAAUUAGAAGAAGAUUUAAAUAAUCAAGAAUCAAUGAGAGUGGGAUCUGCACAUUGGUUACCACCAACCAGACAUUCUUUACAAGAUAUUUCUAGUGUGACAAAUUCUAGGCCUCCUCUUGACCACACACAGUCUAUGCCUAAUUUAGAACAACAGCAACCUACUUACAAUCAACAUCACCAACCAGAAGAUUAUACAUGGUCACAAAAUAGUUUUGCCCGACCAGUUCAGCAAAACAAUGGAUAUGCUAAACGAAAACCUUCGAUUAGUCAACCUGAAAAGUACAAUUACCAACAUUGGCUGAUCCAGGAAGCUGAACAUAGACGUUUGGUAGAUAGAUGCAAUCGACAAAUACCUCCGCUAUCAGCCGAUAUGCCACGUUCACGAACUAGACCAGCAUUGCCUCCACCUCCGCCACCAAUGCAAUCUAAAAAACCUUUACCUGAUUCAGUAAUAAACACAAUUACUCAGAGAGUGCAAGAUCGUCUGUCAUUUAAUGACUUUCAUAGACAUGAACACAAUGCUCCUCAAGAAUCUAUGUUAAGUGUAAGUGGUAAAAAGAAAUGUUCUCACUGUACAAUUGAGUUAGGUCGUGGAGCUGCCAUGAUAAUUGAAAGCUUACAACUUUUUUAUCACAUUGAAUGUUUCAAAUGUUGUGUUUGUUGUGUACAGCUUGGUGAUGGUCUCAUGGGUACAGAUGUAAGAGUUCGAAAUAAAAAAUUACACUGUCACAACUGUUUUUCCAGUGAUGAUGGAGUGAAAUUCAGCUGUGUAUAAAAAAAUUGUAUAAAACAUAAUCUUUAGAUUACAAAAAUUUAUAUAUGAAUACAUUAAAGUUUUUUUAAACUUAA